AUGCCACCUGACUCUCAGUGGCUCUGGGCAGCUUAGAUGGGAAUGAGAACUCUGCAUCCUUUGCAUGAUGGAGAGAGUUACGCUGCGUGACCCAGCCGAUCUCUCCCACAGUGUGAUUUUGGGACCCUUUUAAGUGGUCUUCUGCCUCUGUUUUGUGUGACAGCUGUGGGGCUACCCUCCCUCGUCCCAGCGCUGACAGCAUGUCUGAACGGGAGGAACGCCGCUUCGUGGAGAUUCCACGGGAGUCCGUGCGGCUGAUGGCCGAAAGCGCGGGUGUGGAGCUGACCGAUGAAGUCACUGCCCUGCUGGCUGAGGAUGUCUGCUACCGUCUGCGAGAAGCAACCCAGAACAGCUCCCAGUUCAUGAAACACACCAAACGGCGGAAGCUGACGGUGGAAGACUUCAACCGAGCCCUGCGCUGGAGCAACGUGGAAGUGGUGUGUGGCCAUGGCUCUUCGGACGCUCUCCCCUUCCGGGCCAUUAAGGAAGGAGAGCUAUACUUUCAAGAAGAUCGUGAAGUCAACCUGGUGGAGCUGGCUCUGGCAACUGACAUCCCCAAGGGCUGUGCAGAGACAGCAGUGAGAGUUCAUGUCUCUUACUUGGACGGGAAAGGCAACCUCGAGGCACAAGGGUCCGUGCCCAGUGCCGUCUCAGUGCUGACAGAUGACCUGUUGAAGUAUUACCAACAUGUGACUCGAGCCGUACUGGGGGAUGACCCUCAGCUGAUGAAGGUUGCCCUCCAGGACCUACAGACCAAUUCAAAGAUAGCGGCACUCUUGCCUUACUUUGUCUACAUCGUGAGUGGGGUCAAAUCAGUGAGCCACGACCUGGAGCAGCUGAACCGCCUGUUGCACGUGGCUAAGAGCCUCAUCCAGAACCCCUACUUGUGCCUGGGGUCCUACGUCAAAAGCCUCAUUGCCAGCGUCAUGUACUGUGUCCUGGAGCCCUUGGCAGCUUCCAUCAACCCCCUGAACGACCACUGGACCCUGCGCGACUACGCGGCCCUGCUGCUGGGCCAGAUCUUCUGGACUCACGGUGAUCUGAUGAGCGGCCUGUACCAUCAGAUCCUGCUCACGCUGCAGAAGGUGUUGGCUGACCCCGUCCGCCCCCUCUGCUCGCACUACGGGGCCGUGGUGGGGCUGCACGCCUUGGGAUGGGAGGCAGUGCAGCGGGUCCUGUAUCCCCACCUCUCGACCUACUGGUCCAACCUGCAGGCGGUGCUGGAUGACUACUCGGUAUCCAAUGCCCAGGUGAAGGCCGAUGGGCACAAGGUGUAUGGGGCCAUUCUGGUGGCAGUGGAGCGACUCCUGAAGAUGAAAGCCCAGUCCAUUUCGGUGCCAGUCCAGGCAGAGGGCGCGGGUCCCGAGGGGCGUGCGCGGGACAGCGUUCCUUGGCUCAGCCCCCUCCAAGACCCCCAGGUGGAGUUCGGCUUUGGCAUUGCCAGCCACCUGCUGCAGCUGGGCAGCGGGGGUCCCCAGGCAGGGGUCGGCAUCCCUGCCAGGCCCCCCGCCGUCUCACUGAACGACAUUUACCAGGAGCUCUACUACUUCUUUGGCGACAGCCUGGCCACCCGUUUCGGCACCGGCGCGGGGCUGUGCCCUGCUGGGCCGAUGCCGGCCAGCCCUCCCAAGGCAGCGGACACUAAGAAGGAGCAGCCAGCCUUUGGGACUGGGGACGCCGUGCGCAAGAUGCCCCAGCUGACCGCCAGUGCCACCGUCAGCCCCCGGGAAGAAGACAGCCCCCGCGGGGACUUUUCCGGCAGCCGGCCGGCCUUGCACCGCCCAGCCAGCCUGACCCGCUCCCGCAGCGCCCUGCGCCAGCAGAGCCACCGGCCCGUCGCCCGGGACGUCUUCCAGAAAUGCCGCUUCUCCCUCCAGGGAGCCCCCCGCUUCAGCUUCGUGAUCGCGGGGCGGCAGGUGGAGCGAAGGUGUCCGGGGCGCCUCUUCCAGACCUCUUUCCCGCAGCACCGCGGCCCCACCCACGUCUCGCGCUACGCCCAGAAGCUGCCCAUGAUUGGCAGGACCAGCAAGCCAGUGAAGAAAUGGGCCCACUCCGAAUAUUCCCUCUACUUGCCUCUCUGAGGGGGGGGCGUUUCUGAGCAAGAGGGCCUGGCCAUUUGGGGCCAUCUGGCGCCCCACAUCAGACCCACAACCACCCCGUGGCCCCUUCUGUCCAAGGAGGGGCCCCUGAUCUGCGAGCUGGAGAUCUGG